GAUACAAUGAGUUGACGCAUUGCUGAUAUCAACCACGCCGAUAUUUUAACCACGCGGGACGUUUUUUCUAAUUAUAUGUGAAGCACUCACUUGCUCUGAUUGGUUUAUUCUGGAAUAUUAUUUGGGUAUUCGGCCGCGCAAUUGGUUAGAUUUUUGAUAAGAAGGUGUGUCAGCAAAAAAACACUAUGAACCAACCCCCUUAUGUUUUUUAAUUUACGUCACCGCAAUUUUCUGUUGCCACUUGGAGGAUUGUAAACAUAUGUUUUAUUGCUAGCUACACAGAAAGCAGAUAGCCAAAACGUACGAGAUAAUUUUGUAUUCUGCCUGUAUCAUACAAUUGCUUUGUUUCUCAGUUCUGUGUAAUAACUGCACAUAUAUCAGCUGUUUAGUGGUCUGAAGCUAGCUAGCUGUCAUAAUAAUCAACACAAGAGACAGCAAGAAGACAAUAUAGCAAUCGUUACUGCAAAGCUGACAUAAUGGCAUCGUUGGCUGCACACGAGCCGAAUAUAAGCCCAAAUGCCAUACCAGUCCUCGCAGACGCUCUGAUGCCCGCGAGCAUUUUCGCUCCGGAUGGAGGAGGUUGUGGAGAUCAUGACGCCGGGGAAGAGUGCCUCGAGGACGGCGACCUCUUCAACGGCGAGACCGGGGAUCUCGGGAUUGACUUCACUAGCAAGUUGGCCCUGGUCAGCCCUAAUGGAGAGCAGUAUGACUCGUUACUACGACAACUCCGGGAGAGGAUGGACGAGGGUUGUGGGGAGACCAUCUACGUUGUUGGGAUUGGCUCAGAUGGAGGUGACUAUGGUCUGGAUGAGGGAGACAUGGAGGCGUCUGUAGCCACAGUUCAGUCCCUGUGUGAGCAGACCGAGUCAGAGCUGAUCCUGCUGAGGGAGCGUAUCGAAGCUGGGGGGCAGGUACGCGACUACCUCAUCCGCCGACGCGUGGGUGAUCAAGACUUCUUGGAGGUCAGGGUAGCGGUGGUGGGUAACGUGGAUGCAGGUAAGAGCACCCUGCUGGGGGUGUUGACCCACGGGGAACUGGACAACGGCAGGGGGUUCGCCCGCCAGAAACUCUUCAGGCACAAACACGAAAUGGAGAGUGGCAGGACCAGCAGUGUGGGGAACGACAUCCUGGGCUUCGACCAGAAGGGACAGGUGGUGAAUAAGCCAGACAGCCAUGGUGGCAGUCUAGAUUGGACUAAGAUCUGUGAGAGGUCCUCUAAGGUCAUCACCUUCAUAGACCUAGCUGGACAUGAGAAGUAUCUCAAGACCACAGUGUUUGGAAUGACUGGACACCUGCCUGACUUCUGCAUGCUCAUGGUGGGCAGUAAUGCAGGUAUCGUAGGGAUGACUAAGGAGCAUCUAGGUCUGGCCCUGGCCCUCAAUGUGCCUGUGUUCGUAGUGGUCACCAAGAUAGACAUGUGUCCUGCCAACAUCCUACAAGAGACGUUAAAGCUGCUCCAGAGGUUACUAAAGUCGCCAGGCUGCAGAAAGAUCCCUGUUCUGGUCCAAAACAAAGAUGACGUCAUCGUCACCGCCUCCAACUUCAGCUCUGAGAGGAUGUGUCCAAUCUUCCAGAUCUCCAAUGUGACAGGAGAGAACAUGGACCUGCUGAAGAUGUUCCUCAACCUGCUGUCUUCUAAAACCUCCUUCAGAGAAGAUGAACCUGCAGAGUUCCAGAUAGAUGACACCUACUCAGUACCGGGUGUAGGCACAGUCGUUUCAGGGACUACUUUACGUGGAUUGAUACGUCUGAAUGACACAAUGUUGUUAGGCCCAGACCCACUGGGCAGUUUCCUCCCCAUUGCAGUCAAAUCUAUCCACAGGAAGAGGAUGCCAGUCAAGGAGGUGAGAGGUGGACAGACUGCCUCCUUCGCCCUGAAAAAGAUCAAGCGUUCAUCCAUAAGGAAAGGCAUGGUGAUGGUGUCCCCCAGGUUAAACCCACAGGCAUCAUGGGAAUUUAUGGCUGAGAUUCUGGUUCUGCACCACCCAACUACGAUAUCACCCCGCUACCAGGCCAUGGUGCACUGUGGCAGCAUCAGGCAGACAGCCACUAUCCUGACCAUGAACAGAGACUGUCUACGAACAGGGGACAAGGCAUCGGUCCACUUCCGCUUCAUCAAGACCCCCGAAUACCUCCACACAGACCAGAGACUGGUGUUCAGAGAGGGACGCACCAAGGCUGUGGGCACCAUCACCAAGCUGUUGCAGUCGACCAAUAAUCUGCCAUCAAACUUCAAACCCCCGCAAAUCAAAAUGCAGUCUACGAAAAAGGCCCCGUACCGCAGAGAGGAUGGAACCAUGCCUGCCAAUGAGGACGAGGCGAGCACAGCCCGACCAGACAGUCCGCACCAAUCACAACAACUGACAAAGUCAGGAGGAGGGAGCAGGAGACGAGGAGGACAGAGACAUAAAGGCAAAUCAAACCAGAGCAGCUCCACCACAGCAGCCCCGUCAUCAGCAGGCACAGGAGGUUCCUAAACUACACCCCUCAGCCCCCAAACUACAGUACUUCCUCCAUCCACCUGUUUCAGCAGACAACUAUCCCCCCCUUCCCAAAACUACUCCACUACAAACCCCCGUCGAAAAAAUGGGGUCAUAAAAUGUCCCUUUCCCCACCUCUCUCCCUCUAUACCACCCGGCUAUCUAUCACCUUAUCAAGUGUCUUUAUCACUCACACCAGAGAAAGUCUAGGUGAAAAGCAGCUCCCAGCUCUGUGCUUGUAGAUGGUUACCUCUGCCUCCUCACUCUCCUCAUCUUAUCUCCGAUUAGUUUAGAAAGCAUCCUUAUUAUAUUUACAGUAUAUGAACCUGGUAUGCCUUCUUUCAUUGGGUCUACGGUGAGAAUCACUGUAAUACUGUGUAUAGUUAAUCAUGGGCCCGAAGCCACAGGAGCAGCUAUUGCCUUACAGUAGAGUAACCCAGCUCCAUGCAUUAUAGCUCAUUAUUUCACUGUUUAGCAGGCAUACUAGUUUCUCUCAUUUCCUAUUUACCACUAGAAUCCCCCAAUGACAUAAUGAAGCAUGUUUUCUAUUUAAUUUUAUACUAAAAUGUGAAGAUUAAUGAAAGGAAGUAAGGUCACGGUACAUUUUAGUGGGCCUUCAUUAUGAGUGAAAUAUUGUAGAUAAGAUGUUUAAUUGGCCAUUUAUGACCAAAAGGAAAGCCAGGGUUUGUCUGACUAUCAUCACACCCAUCCUCCAUGGCCCGGAAAGGGAUUGAGUGUUUGUGGGUGAAAUGGAAAGCCAGGGUUUGUCUGACUAUCACACCCUUCCUCAAGUCCAUCCUCCAUGGCCCGGAAAGGGAUUGAGUGUUUGUGGGCGAAAUGGAAAAAUAUCCUCCCCUCCUCGAUAGCCACCUUUCAUGGAGGACAGUCAUGUGUAUCCUCCUCUCUGAAGAGUUUACAACUAUACUACACCCCCUGUGGAUCAGCUGUUGUGUCUGACAAAAACAUGCGCACAACUAAAUGCAUUUAUCACUUUACACUUAUUUUGGGAUCACACCUGUAAAUGUAAUUUGCCUGAGCAGAGUCGUUGUCAUUUCAUACAAGCGCAUUUAUCCACGUUCUCUCGUCAUUUUUCAGGAGGCGAGAGGAGUUGAAGGCCACUUGUCCUAAAAUAAAUGAUUCCAUUUACACUGAAAAUAAGGUUUAUUUAAGAAUUUAAUGUACACUUGAUUAGCAACUGUUUAAGUGAGACAUUGAUUGUAAUAAUAGUCGCAGUGCUGUUUGGACCAUCACUGUUUACUUAGUUGUGGAAUUCUGUUUGCUUCUGACAUUCACCAAUAAAAACAGGCUUUAUUGAUC